UUCGUUACCUAUGUCAGCCCACUCUUUAAAAAAAGCGGUAGAGAAAUGAAAAACAAAACGCUGAUACUUUGUAAACCCAACGUGUCUGAAAACGUUAUUGGUUUAAAAGGAUCUGUUUACCAUGUGAAUAAAAUUUGUGUUUUGAGUUUUUCGUCGAGGUUAGAAAAAUGUUGGUCUGAGCAGAUUGGAAAAAGUGGUUUCGUUGUUGGAUCGCAGAGUCCUUGGAUUGAAGUGUAUGCUUUGCUGCUUGGUGCCAAUGAGGUAUAUUCAUCUAUUUUAUCUUUUCUGAAUCAAAACGGCUUUGAUUUUGCGAUAUCGUUCUCGUCUAUUGAACACAGUGGGCUUGGAAGAUAUGGUGAUGCUAUCGAUCCGAUCGGAGAUUUGCGUGAAGUUUGGAAGAUAUUGUGUCUAUUGAAACCUGGAGGAACACUCUAUCUUGGUCUACCACGCGGAGUAGAUAGUGUCUUCUACAACGCGCAUCGAAUCUAUGGAGCAAUACGACUCGCAAUGCUUAUGACCGGUAAUAAUACGAAUUUUCUCCAAAGAAAAAGUCAUUUGAAUGACCGACUCUCUAGCGAACUCUGCAGUAAUACUUUAUUCUUGCGAGUUGUUUUUGAUUCGCCUUUUUCACUUAUCGCUCUAGCGAUAGUCUAA